CACGUUGCAAAGAGGGUCUGGGGUUGAGAGCUGUUCUUACAGAGUCCUGUAGUGGGAGUCCAGAAAGCAAACAAAGGGAAUGCACCCGAAGUGCUCACCAGAAGUGGCCGAAGACUACUUCGGCCGCGACGAGACCUUCUGCCCGCGUCGCGUCAACUGCACGGAGCUCCUCCAGCUCGGCGGCUACGAAACGACCGUCCAGGAGCAGUGGCCGAGCAUAGUGGCCAUCGUCUCGUGCACGCUCUCGGUGCUGGGGAGUCUACUCAUCGUCUACACGUACGCCCGCUGGAAGGAUCUCCGUACUGGAUCGCGUAGCAUCGUCACCUACCUCGCUAUCGCGGACCUGGUCACGGCGCUGGGGUACGUAGCCGGCUCGGCCAACUACAUCUUGAACUUUGGGAGUCGGAGUAACACGGAGCAGUGCAGGGCGUUCGGCACGGCCUGUCAGAUCCAGAGUUUCGUUACUACAACUUCCAGUCUAUGCUCGUUUGCCUGGACGCUUUUCCUAGCAGUCUACCUCUAUCUGGUCAUUGUCAAAGCUAAACUGGUUCUCGCAAAUAAACUGAUACCACUUUUUCACGUAGUCGCCUGGGGAGUACCUCUUCUGAUUACUCUGCCCCUGUUGAUUAUGGGAAAAUUGGGAUACUCGCCCUACUCAGCUUCAAACUGGUGUUUCAUAAAGGAUUCACUGCCGCACAAUGAUCGAAAGUACGCCUGUGGCCACCUGAACUAUGAGCAGCUGCUUCUUGCCUUAGUCGGUGGAAAAGCAUGGGAGAUUACUACUUACGUCCUAGUCAUUGUGCUAUAUGCAGCUAUGAAGUGGCACAUCCAUAAAGAGACAAGAGGAGCUGGUUCGUAUCAGCUUGUUGGAGAAUCCACAGUAUCGGCCAUGCAGAGAGCAGACAAGAAGCUGACUUUUAUUCCGGUUGUGUUCAUAUUGCUGAGAAUCUGGGGCACAGCGCAGUUCCUUUACGCUACAUCCGUCUACAACCUGAUGUACUUAGGGUGUGUCCCAAAUGAAUAUGCAGCAGGAUUCACCUUUCUUGCCUACGUGCAAGUGAGAUAGUGGAUCGAGUGUUAUGUAUGUCAUGUGUAGUGGGUUUCCAAAAUAAGAGAGUAUAAGAUAACGGAGCACCAUUAAUGGAUAGUUUAUUGUUACAUAAUGUAAGAAUUAUUUGGAGCAUUAUGCCGGCCUUCUCUCUAGCUACUCCAUCUCCCUCUCCUCUCUUCUUUGCUCCCUGCUUUGUUUGCCAUACAUUUUGAUGUAUAAUAUACAGUGGAACCCCCUCUCCAUGGACACUAUGAAACGAGGACACCUUUUAUUUCCCUAGGACACUCUUUGAGGGGAUUCUAUUGUUGGUCUACUAUCCUUCUAUUCUAUUAGGCAUUUGGAGAUGGUGGACAGGGCUGGGGAAAUGUUCUACUCUACAUUAUAUCCUCCCCAAAGAUCCGAGAGCGGCUUUUCUACUGUGCUUGCCAUCCGAGUUGGAAAAAUCUGACAGGACUAAGCAGAAGUGGUGCUAAUGGUGAAUUCCCCAACCUUUUUCCGUCUGGCCAACACUUGGAAGGGAGAGAGUCUCGUGUUUCUGUGAAUGACACAAACUAGUUUUGUGGCUGCUCAAUGACAAUGUAUUA